CCCUCGGCUGUGCAAUAUGGCGAUGGUCGGCGCGCAACUUCCGUGACCUGUAGCCUCGCGUCUGUGCCUGUAACUAAGCUAGGGUGGGCGCGGGCACUUCCGCGGGGCAGCAGCCGGAGAGGGAGCCAUGGGGACAGUGCACGCCCGGAGUCUGGAGCCUCUUCCGUCGAAUGGACCUGACUUUGGAGCUUUGGGGGAAGAAGCCGAGUUUGUGGAAGUUGAACCUGAAGCAAAACAGGAAAUUCUGGAAAACAAAGAUGUGGUGGUUCAGCAUGUUCAUUUUGAUGGGCUUGGACGGACUAAGGAUGACAUCAUCAUUUGUGAAAUUGGAGAUGUUUUUAAGGCUAAAAACCUCAUUGAGGUAAUGCGGAGAGCUCAUGAAGCCCGUGAAAAACUGCUUCGCCUAGGAAUUUUUAGGCAAGUGGAUGUUUUGAUCGACACGUGUCAUGGUGAUGAUGCACUGCCAAAUGGACUAGAUGUCACGUUUGAAGUGACAGAGCUCAGGAGGCUGACGGGCAGUUACAACACCAUGGUUGGGAACAACGAAGGCAGUAUGGUGCUCGGCCUCAAACUCCCCAAUCUCCUAGGACGUGCAGAAAAAGUGACUUUUCAGUUUUCUUAUGGAACCAAAGAAACUUCCUACGGCCUGUCCUUCUUCAAACCACAGCCUGGAAACUUCGAGAGAAACUUCUCUGUAAACUUAUAUAAAGUUACCGGGCAGUUCCCGUGGAGCUCACUCCGGGAGACCGACAGAGGAGUGUCUGCCGAGUACAGUUUUCCCAUAUGGAAGACCAGUCACACCAUCAAAUGGGAGGGCGUGUGGCGGGAACUGGGCUGCCUCUCCAGGACUGCAUCGUUUGCUGUGCGGAAGGAAAGUGGCCACUCACUGAAGUCCUCUCUCUCGCAUGCCAUGGUCAUCGACUCUCGGAAUUCGUCUAUCUUACCAAGAAGAGGGGCCUUGCUCAAAGUCAACCAGGAGCUGGCGGGCUACACUGGAGGGGAUGUGAGCUUCCUCAAGGAAGACUUUGAACUUCAACUGAAUAAGCCACUCAUGUUGGAUUCGGUAUUUUCCACGUCUCUCUGGGGCGGAAUGUUGGUGCCCAUCGGUGAUAAGCCAUCCAGCAUCGCUGACAGGUUUUACCUGGGCGGUCCCACAAGUGUCCGAGGAUUUAGCAUGCACAGCAUUGGACCCCAGAGCGAAGGAGACUACCUGGGAGGGGAGGCAUACUGGGCCGGGGGCCUGCACCUCUACACCCCGUUGCCCUUCCGACCAGGCCAAGGUGGCUUUGGAGAGCUUUUCAGAACCCACUUUUUCCUCAAUGCGGGCAACUUGUGCAACCUCAACUAUGGCGAGGGCCCCAAAGCCCACAUCCGGAAGCUGGCUGAAUGCAUCCGCUGGUCCUAUGGAGCGGGCAUCGUCCUCCGGCUCGGCAACAUCGCUCGUUUGGAGCUGAACUACUGCAUUCCUAUGGGCGUGCAGACGGGCGACAGGAUUUGUGAUGGCGUCCAGUUUGGAGCUGGGAUUCGGUUCCUAUAACUUGAGUCUCCUGGGGCAGCUUGGAUGAGCAUCGGGUGUCUCCCAGGCCACAGGCCUGUUUGGAGGUGACACAGUUGAGUGCUUCUGGGCCGUAAACCUUCUGGGAAAUCACGUUAAUAAAUUUGAAACACUCAGCUGUGUCCUGGAUGUGGUCUGUGUUUCAGGCCUUGUGUCUGUCUGGACACCUGCUUCUCCUGAGGACUUGUGACAGUUUGACCUGCGCAGUCCUGGGCCUAAGGGCUUUCAGGUGACCCAAAGUGCCUUUUCCUCACAGACCCCUAGAGUCUGCUGUUGGGCUCUAACCUACCAGAAGUAGGGCUGAGCUGUGGGUGACCCCAAAGGAUGCUGGCCCUGUCAUUACAGGCCACUUCAGUGGCAGCAUGGCCUCCCAGUGCUGAUGUGAAGGUAGGCAGAGGGGAAGUAGGGGAAGUACGCUGUCGGAUGUCAGCCGUGGCUGCUCUGCACAUCACAUCGUGACUCGGGCUGCACAGCCAUCAGCAUCAGGGAGCUGAAGUGUCCAGAGGUCCGUGGGCCCAGGUGCCACUGGGUAAGGCUGACUUCUAAAGAUGCUCCCUCUUCAGAGCCAACAGGCCUGACUUCUGCCUCUGCCUCUUUUAAAUACCCUUUUGACAGCAUCAGGUCCCCAGAUUGUCGAGAUAACCUUAGUACAAGGCUAGCUGAAGAGCCCACUCAGUUCUGCCUGCCACCUGCUCCUCUCUCGCUCUGUCUUCAUAUGGUUGUUAUCCCUUAAUCUUUAAAAGGGGAUCAGUUGGAAGCCAGCCCUUCUUCUGCUUGGAUACUAGUUAGUAUCUGCAGAUGCUCAGGGCUGUCAUAGAAAAUGUUACAGGAUUAAAAAUUAAUAUAAGCCAGGCAGCAGUGGCUCACACCUUUAAUCCUAGCUCUUGGGAGGCAGAGGUAGGUGUAUCUCUGAGUUUGAGGCCAGCCUGGUCUGCAGAGCUAGCUCUAGGAUGGCCAGAGAGAAACCCUCCAGAAACAAAAACCAAAAAGAAAAAAUAUAUAUGGGGGAACGGGGCAGAGUUAAGCCUCCUCUGAAGUCUUUAAAAACACAGGAUGUUAGCUUUGGCCUGUUCUGCCCUUCUCUCUCUUGCAAAAUUCUCAUUCCCCAUCCAGUCUGGUCCUCCCUAUAGAACUUCCCUCUCCUUACACCUGCAGUGGGAACUGUAUUUGCUGAGAAUAAACUUGUUCUU